AUGGAUAAGACACAUUUAUCCAGUCCAAACGAACUAAUCAUGACAUCUUCAACGGGCCCAUAUCAACCGGAGCCCCUAACCCCACCCCGAGGGAACCACAUGCACUCUUCCUCCUCUUCCCCCUCGUCCUCCUCACCUCUCAAGCCCAACCAGGUGGGACAGGUCAUCCUCUACGGUGUCCCAAUAGUAUCACUUGUCAUAGACAACAAUGAGAGACUUUGCUUGGCGCAGAUCUCCAACACCCUCCUGAAGAAUUACAGCUACAAUGAAAUCCACAAUCGGCGUGUGGCCCUAGGUAUCACGUGCGUUCAGUGUACUCCUGUCCAGCUUGAGAUACUACGACGAGCGGGUGCCAUGCCCAUCUCAUCGCGCCGCUGUGGUAUGAUCACCAAGAGAGAAGCUGAGCGCCUCUGCAAAUCUUUCCUGGGGGAAAACUCUCCGCCCAAACUCCCGGACAACUUUGCCUUCGACGUGAGCCACGAAUGCGCCUGGGGUUGCCGUGGUAACUUCAUCCCGGCGCGCUACAACAGCUCUCGGGCCAAGUGCAUCAAGUGCUCAUUGUGUAACAUGUACUUCUCCCCCAAUAAGUUUAUCUUCCAUUCCCACCGCACUCCUGAGUCCAAGUACAUGCAGCCAGACGCGGCCAACUUCAACUCGUGGAGGAGGCACCUGAAGCUGUCUGAGAAGCACCCGCCCGAGGAGCUGGUGUACGCCUGGGAGGAUGUCAAAGCCAUGUUCAAUGGGGGCAGCCGUAAGCGUGCCCUCCCGCCCUCCGCCCACUGCUCCUCCAUGGGCCCGGUCAAGUCUCUGCCCGCCUCCGUUAUGCCACACAUGAUGGGACCGGACCUGUCUCAGAAAAGGGCCCGCUUCGACGAUGACGAGGACUUGGACAGUGAUAGUCUUUCUCCUCGUAAGACGCCUCGUAGUUACCCCGUCAUCCCUGUGCCCAGUAAAAGCUUUGGCAUGCUCCAAAAGUUUCCCCCAACUUCACUGUUUCCCUCACCCUACCCCUUCCCUGCCUUCGGCCUGUGUCAGCAGAAGAAAGAGGACAGUGAUGUGUCAGUGGGUCAGAAAGGAGCAGGCCUGUCUGGCCUGUUAUGGCCGGGGCGUAAGGACACAUUCUACCCUCCUUUCUGUAUGUUCUGGCCUCCCAGAACAGCAGGAGGGAUCCCUGUGCCCACGUACCUGCAGCCUCAGCCAAGUGCUCUCUCUCUGACAGAGAACCCCUCCCUCAGACAGGCCUUUUUAGACCUGUCUGAUCCCUCUGAGCCUGGAUCUGGGGUGGGCUCCACCAAUGCUGUCACUGCUUCUAUCAGCGGCAGCAGUGGCACCACCACACCCAGGUCUGGACUCUUUGACCCUGAGUGCCCAACGGUGACCUCUGACCUUCGACCUGUAACCUCAGAGGGCUGGCUCAAACUUCUAGACACUCCAACACUACAGAGCCGAAAGCCCAGCUAUGGUUCUGCGUUCCGGCCUGUAGUAAAGGACGCUGAGAGCAUCGCUAAGCUCCACAGCGGAGGAGGUGGUACUGAGGAGGAGUUUGGAGCAGUGAGCGCAUCGGAGCGCCUGCACAGAAUGUCCCCCAGCAGCAGCUGCAGCUACGGAAGUGAGAGUGCCGCAGAGCCCGGGGACAGUGAGGAGGAGGGGGAGGUGGAUGUGGAGUCAUCCAAACAGGACGAAGAGGAGCAGAGAGGUGCUCCGUAUCUCCCUGUGGCCCAGGACAGAGGGAAGGACAGGGGCAUGAGCACGGUGUAUCCCAGUUCCUCCCCUCCAUCCUCCUCUGAGCCAGGCCUGCCCACCUCCCCUCCCGCCAGCUCCUCCCCGCCCCACCGAGAGGACCCUGCAUACAAAAACGUACACAAAAACAGAGACGAAGGGCUCCCUGCAUAUGCUACCAAAGACAGCUCCAGCAUCACAGAUGAAAACAAAGACAAGAGUAGUUUUUUCGUGACGGAGAGUGAAACUACAGCGCCGGACUACUGGAGAGAGUCGUCUGGGGAUCAAAGCCAAGGAGCCUCCUCUCCUGCCUCCAUGAAAAAGGACGUGGAACAUAUGGAGAAAGAGGAGCUUCAGAAAGUUCUACUGGAGCAGAUUGACUUCAGACGCAGACUGGAGCAGGAGUUCCACGCUCUCAAGGGCACUUCACCUUUCCCUGUGUUCCAUAAUUUCCAAGACCAGAUGAAAAGAGAGCUCGCCUACAGAGAGGAGAUGGUCCAGCAGUUACAGAUGAUUCCCUACGCAAAUAUGAUGAGGAAGGAGAAGAUUACUUCACAUCUGAGCAAAUAA